AAAAGCCAUCUUUGCAUUGUUCCCGUGACCGGCUCACCGCUCGCCGCAGCCACCUCCGCCGCGCGCCUCCUCCGCCGCCGCGGACUCCGGCAGCUUUAUCGCCAGAGUCGUCGAACUCCCGCUUUCUUUUUAAUCCGUGCAUCGGAUCACCGGCGUGCCCCAUCAUGUCAGAUGCGGCCGUGGACACCAGCUCCGAAAUCACCACCAAGGACUUAAAAGAGAAGAAGGACGUUGUGGAGGAGGCGGAGAAUGGGAGAGAGGCACCUGCUAACGGAAAUGCUAACGAGGAAAAUGGGGAGCAGGAGGCCGACAAUGAGGUAGAUGAAGAAGAGGAGGAAGGUGGGGAGGAAGAGGAGGAGGAGGAGGAAGGUGAUGGUGAGGAAGAGGAUGGAGAUGAAGAUGAGGAGGCUGAGGCUGCUACCGGCAAACGGGCAGCUGAAGAUGACGAGGAUGACGAUGUUGACACCAAGAAGCAGAAGACUGAUGAGGAUGACUAGACAGCAAAAAAGGAAAAGUUAAACUUAAAAGGCCACCGUGACCUAUUCACCCUCCACUUCCCGUCUCAGAAUCUAAACGUGGUCACCUUCGAGUAGAGAGUCCCGCCUGCCCGCCCGCCCACUGCGGGCAGCGCCACCGCAGAUGACACGCGCUCUCCACCACCCAACCAAAACCACAACGCGAAUUUGCAACAGGGGAGGAAAAAAGAACCAAAACUUCCAAGGCCCUGCUUUUUUUCUUAAAGUACUUUAAAAAGGAAAAUUUGUUUGUAUUUUUUAUUUACAUUUUAUAUUUUUGUACAUAUUGUUAGGGGGUCAGCCAUUUUUAAUGAUCUCGGAUGACCAAACCAGCCUUCGGAGCGUUCUCUGUCCUACUUCUGACUUUACUUGUGGUGUGACCAUGUUCAUUAUAAUCUCAAAGGAGAAAAAAAACCUUGUAAAAAAAGCAAAAA